UUGCAUAUGAUGACAAUAGGAGUCGGAUUGGUUCGAUCAGUACUCGUGGUCGCUAUUCAAAGCCAUGUCACAUAUGCUAUGCAUAGGUUACGGCCGUUUCCCUCCUCAAAGUCUAACAGAUAUGUGGCUAACUCUGCUCAGUAUGAUAUCGGGGGCCACUUGUUAUGCAUUAUUUCUCGGACACACAACUAAUCUCAUCCAAUCGCUCGACUCCUCGAGACGUCAAUAUAGAGAAAAACUUAAACAAGUUGAAGAGUAUAUGGCGUAUAGAAAAUUACCCCGAGAUUUACGAGUGAGAAUCGGUGACUAUUUUGAACAUAGAUACCAGGGCAAGUUUUUCAAUGAAGACACUAUUCUCGAUGAAUUGUCCGAAAGGCUUAGAGAAGAUGUCAUUAAUUACAAUUGUCGGGCAUUAGUGGCUUCGGUGCCAUUCUUCGCCAACGCGGACACAGAUUUUGUCAAUUCAAUUGUCACGCGUUUAAAAUACGAAGUCUUCCAACCGGGAGAUAUCAUCAUCAAAGAGGGAACCAUUGGUAACAAAAUGUUUUUCAUACAGGAAGGCAUCGUUGAUAUAGUGAUGAACAACGGAGAUGUGGCCACCAGUUUGUCCGACGGCUCCUAUUUUGGAGAGAUAUGUUUGCUAACAAACGCCCGACGGGUGGCCAGCGUUAGGGCGGAAACGUAUUGCAAUCUAUUCUCGCUGUCUGUCGAACACUUCAACGCUGUCCUCGAUAUGUAUCCACUGAUGAGGCGGACAAUGGAGUCGAUCGCCGCCGAGAGGCUCAACAAAAUCGGCAAAAAUCCUAGUAUUGUCUGUCAGAGGGAAGAUCUGCAGCGAGAUCUGCAGGCCGUGAGUGAAUUCCUCACACUUUCCGCUCAAAGUCCCAGCGAAGACAGUGAGAGCGAGAUUAGUCUCUUUAGAUCAUCUAAAUUAGCAGAGAUGGGUCUCAAACGACCCAAAUCUGAGUCAUGUUUUUCCCGUUUCAAUACAACAAACGGCGCCGAAGUGUUGAAUUUAAGGCCCGACUCAUUACAGCGAUCCGAGACUUUUUUCCAGUCGGUCGCCGCCGGUCUCUCCGCUGCACACGACUCCUCUCAUACACACCAAUAGACUCA